CAUUUUGAGCAUCCUCCUGAGUAUUUGGCUUCGUGACCCACAAGCUUGUCCAGCUGUGCGACUUCAGAGAAAGCUGAUUGGCUCAAUCGCAAGUGCUUUUUUUCUAACUGCAAGAGGGUAAUAUAUUUGUUACAAAGCCUCACAAUCAACAGUUCCUACAGCAACACAACAGGACUUGGACUAAACAGAAAAACAGAGUCUAUGGCUGUGCCGGGGAACUCACUACGGAUACUGCUUCUCGGUGCGUAUUUUGCGCUGAUGGUCGGAGCGGACUGCGAGAAGGACUGUGCGCUCUGCCUCAACCGUCUACGUGGGCAUCAGACGGCGAUUACCACUCUGACAUGCUCAAUAGAAUGUGAGGGCAGCCUGGACACCACGAAGCUCCGCCUCUGCCAAGACGUCCUAUUGGAGGAGGAGCGCGUCGUAGUAGAUGACGUCAAACAGGAAGAGGUGCAGGGCCAGCAGCACCAACUGGCCAAGAAGUAUGGUGGCUUCAUGAAGCGCUACGGAGGGUUCAUGAUCAGGAGGCGCUCACCCGUAGAGGAGGGGCGAGUGCAGGGAGGAGAGAACAACCCGGUGGCUGAGGAAGAGGACAUCCGUCUGGAGAUCCUGAAGAUUCUGAAUGCAGAGGCUGAGGGCCAGAGGGAUGGGGAAGUGGCCAAGCGCUAUGGGGGGUUCAUGAGAAGAGGGGGGGACUUGGGGGGCCUGGAGGGGGUGGGCAGGCCGUUGAAGAAGCGCUACGGGGGCUUCAUGAGGAGGGUGGGAAGGCCUGAGUGGCUGGAGGAUCAGAAGAACCAGGGGGGUCUCCUGAAACGCUCAUGGGAGGGGGAGCGGGGUGACUCCCCCCUGGCUGAAAUACAGAAGAGAUAUGGAGGAUUCAUGGACUAGGGGUCAGCCCCUCCUCCAACCUCUCCUGAGUCUGGACUCUCAAUGUUGAUUAGAUUAUCCAUUCUUGUUCCGUUGUAGAGCUUCACUGUCAUGCUUUUUGUUUGAUUGGGUUUAAUGUGACAAAAAAAGAGUACUGUAUGUUUUAUGGUUUUGGUUAUUUAUAAAAUAACCUGUGUUCGUUGUGGUGUACGAGGCUGGGGCAUGUGUGGAAAACCAAUCGUGGCAUGACCUGUUUGUUUUCUUUCCCUUUGUCUUGCCACUGGUUUUUAAAGGGAUAGUUCACUUUUUUUUAAAUGUUAGUCGAGUUUCCACUUAAAAACUGUCAUCCAAACUAUUUUUAAGUUUGUUAGUUUGUUAUUUAGUAAUGGCCAGACUCUCCUGGCGAGGUAAAAUUACAAUAAGCUACAGCUUCAAAAAAGUUAAUUAUCCCUUUAAGUGGCCAUAGAACAUUUUCUGAAGCUUCCAUUUCCACCACAAAGUAUCACAAAAGGCUGUAACCAUGGGGGAGUAGGCUAUUGUGGCCUUCCCAUUGGUGGUUUGGUCUUUGGAACUGAAGGGCCCAUCAAUGUUAUCUGCUUUGUUGUUGGAACAUGGAGGUACCCUACUCUAAGUACUGCUAUACCAGUGUGUUGUAGUUAUCCAUCUAAUGGCAGUGUGUCGGUCGCUUUUGUUAUUAUAAUAACCAUGUUGCUCUUUCCACCGUGCUCACACUUAUCCCAGUAUGCUGAUGUUGAAACAUGUUGCUUUCAGUCGAUAAAUGCCCUCAUUUUUUCUUCUUUCUAUUGAGAACAGAGCAGCAUUUCAGACCAAUUAGUUGUACGAAACAUAAUAAACCCAUGUGUCCUGCAGAAAUAAGUGGACUCCACUGGCUGUUUGAUGUGUUUUUCUGCUUGGGAAGUGGAGCCAAUGUUCCUGCCUCUGCCAAGCCCACCUGAGAUAAUAACUCUGGUGUUAAUGGUGAGGAUUGUAUUUAUUUGACGCAGUCACUCAGCUUCACUCAGCCCUAUGUCUAUCUUUCUUUGUACAGAUUGCUCAAGUGAGCGCAACAUAUUAACAGUUUUUAGUUUCUUAGCUCCCUAACGUCUCAGACUACCAAAACUUUACUGAUUGAUAUUUUGCUUAACUUAAUUUCCCCCCAGAGGUUCAUAUGAAGAAUGCUCUUCAGAACAAUAAGGCAGUAUUUUAAAUGACUCACAAGUUAGAUCUACAAAACAGGAUAAAUAGCCCCCUCUCCUGUCUGACACAUUAAUUUAUAUCUUUAAUUUCUCUAACUUCACUUCUCAAUGGUAGUUGUUUCCAAAGGCACCACCAUAUCUAUAUCCACAGCCAUUAACUUCCAAAAUGUUGGCAGAUACCUACAUAAUGUAAGGAAUAAACGCUGAUGUUUUGUACAUUACCUUGGGAAAUAAUGGACGACGCAGCGGGGAUGAGGCGGAGCCGAGUUCCUUUGUGUAGUUAAUUUUUCCAAGGUAAUAGAGUACCACAGUAAUACGCAUAAAUAACCAAGAAACCUAGCGGUCAAACAGGGAAAUGAU